UACAUUCCUCUCUUCACCUCUCAUACCUCCUUAGAAAAGAUUUGCUUCAUUGGCGAUGACAAAACAAUUGCCACACUAUGUCAGGAUGAUAUCCACGACCUGAAGAGCAUCUUCGAGGUCAAGCAUCUCAAGGACCAUGCCCUCUUCCUGAACACACAAUACAGGAUGCCUCCUCAAAUUGGAAACUUCAUCUCUCAAGCUGUU